AUGUCUCUACCGUUGAGCCUCUUCCUUGGUGGGUGUGUCGUCGCGAUUCCUGUUGUGACCGGUGUUGCACAAGGCGUUGAGCACCAGAAAAAACAGAACGAAGAAGCAGCAAAUGAAUCGCGCAUGUGGAAAUUCAAUUGUUUGGUGGAAUGUAAUCACCCCGACGAGAUCGCACGCGAUGAGAUCAACAAUGGCAUUCUCGUAGUUCGACACGACAAAAUCUGGGUUGUCCCGAGGGAUGAGGACAACAAGCCCAUACCGCCAAUGGAAGGGGUAGAUCUCAAGGAGCCUCUCCACGCAUUCGCUGGAUUUUACAUCGCCUAUCCAGAUGAGGACCGUAAUCCGCCACAGCGUGGCCUGGUAACGACCAUCAGCGACGACCCUCCAAUGUUAAAUUGGACGUACUGCGAUCGCGACACAUACGAGCUAAAGUACUCUAAUCGAUCAGGCAGUAUCAUGCAUCACAUUGGUGUCUGGGACUGGACGGAAGAUGAGUCACACUUGAACUUCGAUGGCUGGGAAGGAUUCAUGGCUGUGGAUGAAUGGGAUGGUGCAGAUGAGGACAACUCAACGCCAUGGGGUAAGGAGGGGCUGCGAUGGGCAGUCUACUUCGACAAAGACGACAAUGAGUUGAAAGGCAGAACGGGAGACAAGGAUAUGUACGAGAUUACUCUAAAGAGAAGAAUUCAGAGUGCAGAGGAACAGCUGAAGCAGAACGAAGCUGCCGAGAAGAAAAUGCAAGUGAAGAGCAGAGGAGGCCUCAGUACACAAUUUGCUGCGCCGCAGAAAGAGAGAGACAAGGAUUGGGAGAAGAAGUUUGGGGAGAAGGCGAGGAAAGAACUGGAAGAAAAGUUGGCGAGGGAGAAAGGAGAGAACCAAGGCCCCUCUUGUACGAGUUCAAGAUCGUCAGGUUUCUAUGGUGGCAGUGCUCGCUCCAAUACGUUCACCCCAGAUUUGAGUCCAAUGGUUAGGCGCGCAAGGCUCAAGAACCAACAAUGUGCCAAGAAUGCGGAAUAG